UAGGUCGCGCUACUGACUCCUUCUCACAGUUCCUCUCCUCUGACCACAGCUACUGAAACACAGCAUCCAAAGCCAUGGAUAAGAAGCAGACCAUUAAUUUCGGUGCAGGCCCGGCAAAACUCCCUCAGUCUGUCCUGUUACAAGCACAGAAGGAACUGAUUGACUAUAAUGGGAUCGGAAUAAGCGUUCUCGAAAUGAGCCACAGAUCUUCAGAUUUCUCCAAAAUCAUAAACAAUACGGAAAAUCUCCUGAGAGAACUUCUGGACAUCCCAGAUAACUACAAAGUUAUGUUUCUCCAAGGGGGCGGCUCUGGUCAGUUCAGCGCUGUUCCCCUUAACCUGAUUGGUCUGAAGGAAGACAGAUGUGCUGAUUAUAUAGUGACCGGCACGUGGUCGGCCAAGGCUGCCAAAGAAGCAGAGAAGUAUGGCAAAGUGAACAUCAUUCAUCCCAAACUGGAUGCUUACACCAAGAUCCCGGACAGCAGCGUUUGGUCGCUGAAUCCGUCGGCGUCUUACGUUUACUACUGCUGCAAUGAAACGGUCCACGGCGUCGAGUUUAAUUUUGUUCCAGACGCUAAGGGCGCGAUCCUUGUGAGCGAUAUGUCCUCCAACUUCCUCUCCAGACCGGUGGAUGUGUCUAAGUUUGGACUUAUCUUUGCCGGCGCUCAGAAGAACGUAGGCUGUGCUGGCGUGACAGUGGUGAUAGUGAGGGAGGAUCUCUUGGGAAAAGCAUUGAAGGAGUGCCCAGUGGUCUUAGAUUACCAAGUGCAAGCUGGGAAUAAUUCCCUUUACAAUACACCCCCUUGCUUCAGUAUCUAUAUCAUGGGGUUGGUCCUGGAGUGGAUUAAAAACAAUGGAGGCACUGAAGCUAUGGAACGACUCAACAAGCAGAAAUCUGGCAUCAUCUAUGACAUCAUCAACAGCUCCAAUGGAUUCUACUCAUGCCCGGUUGAUCCGGAAUGCCGAAGCCGAAUGAAUGUUCCAUUCCGCGUCGGAAAGAAGGAGGGAGAUGAGGCUUUGGAGAAGAAGUUUCUGGAUGGUGCCUCCAAGCUUGGGAUGAUUUCAUUAAAAGGGCACAGAUCAGUGGGUGGAAUCCGGGCAUCUCUGUAUAACGCCGUGACUGUGGAAGACGCGGAGGUUCUUGCCGCCUACAUGAAAGAGUUCCUGAAAGAGCACCACUAGAAAGUAUAAGCUCGCCUUGGCAGCCUGGUCACCUUACUGCUUGUUUACAGACAACCUCAACUGUAGACUGAUCUUAGAUGUUUGUUUCCGUUUUACAGGGCCUGUUUGAAAUGUUUUUAAGGGCUUGAUGGACAGUCCUAGCAGACCGAAGUAGUUCUCCUCCAAGUGCAAUACUAGAACAUGAGCCAAGUUCUGAAUUAGGAAACGCACACUGAACAUGACUGCAUGAUUGCCAAAAUCAAUACAGAGGCAUACGUUUAUUACAUUUUCACAAUGCUUUUUUUUUUUUUUUACCUAAAUAAGACAGUUCAAUUUAUUAACUGCUAAGACCUUCCAUCAGUACCUUAAUUACACUGAAAUCAGAACCUCAGUCUUAAAAAACGUUACUAAAAAGUCCAUAGACUCAUGUUAGUUCUUACGUCUGUGCCUUCAGUUGUAGAACUCUCGAUAAGCUAACGUUCCAUUUAAGGUAGUUUGCUGUUUACCAGUGGGCAUAUAGCCCCCGUUUUUUUCUUCUUUCUAACGUGAUGGAUGCUACCUUUUUGUGCCUUCAUGUGUGCUGAUAAGUACUUUUAUCUGUGUAUUAAGGGUCCAGUAUGAUGUUUGCCACAUGAAAGAAAGAGUGAUGUUGUUUGUAAGAAAUGGAAUGUAUAUUCGAUAUGAGGAAAGAUGUUCUAUGGCUGUAAAAAAGAAAAAAAG